CCCAUUUCCAAUAUAGGUUGUGAAAUGAACGUAAUUAUCAUGGACUCCAUUUAAGUUAGGAUAGUUCACGGGUCUGAGUAGCCCAAUGUGUCACAUUUGAUUAGCUACGAGAUGGCUAUCAGAACAACAACCGAUAUAUCGGACGUCACUGUCCCCUCAGAAGACAACUAUGACCCAGGUAGCACACUCGCUAGUUUGUUCAUCUCGGGUUUGAUGUUAUUUAUUUGUAUUGUCUGCUGUAAAGCUGGGAGAAACGUCUGUGAAUGCAUGAAGUCCUUCCUUCUUGACGCUGUUAGAUGUACAUGCUGUGAUAAUGUCUCCUGCGACUGCAGUGUUUGUUUGAAAAGGAUCCAUCAAGGCAGGGAAGCACUAGCAAGUAGAGUACGUGAAUACUGGGAAGGGGACAGAAGGAAUAGCAGGAACAAUGCACACACUGAAGCGCCACCUACAGUUACGUCUUCCCCCGAUCGUCUGCUGCUGGACGACCAUUCAAUACAUUCAUCCCUGAACGAGGACUAUUCUCACCCAUCCCCGACACAUAUUCCCCCGCCGUCCUAUGGCAGCGUUGUCCCCGCGUCCUCUCAUCCACCUCCUAGUUAUGAGGAGUUCCUACGCAUGGACGGAGGCAGUACUACAAGUAAUACAAACAUUAGAUCACUAUCUCCCGACUCUAUUAUAUUGUCACACACUGACUAUGAAUCUGAAGAUGCCAUUAGUUAUCAACAUGCAUACUCUAUUCAGGAAAUUCCCGCGCUUUUUGACAGUAUUGUAAAUAAUCCCCCGCAGCCACCUCCUAGUUAUGAGGAUUUUCAACUCAUGGAUAAUAGCAGCACUACAAGCAAUGAUGCAACCAGAGCACCAUCGUCCUUCUCUGAUCCAUUGCCACCAACUGACAAUUCGUUCCCAAAUGCCGAUAGUUCUCACCGUGCAUAUUCUACCCAUGAUCCUCCACCUCCCUCCUAUGACAGUAUUGUCACUGACCCAACACUACCACCCCCUAGUUAUGACGAAGUGUUUGGUGUGGGAGUUAGCAGCAUUACAAGCAAUGCAAACAUUAGAAGAUCACCCAUUUCCUCUCCAUCCUCACCAGUAAACGAUCGUUUUAUUGAUUCAUUUGUGAACGAGGACGAUUCUCGCACGUCAGUGACCCUAGGUCCUCCAUUGUUUUUUCAAUAUACUACAGUAUAAUGUGUGCAUUUACAUGAAUGUGUUUAAAGAUAUAUGAACAUAUGUUUAAUGAUCUUCUUAUGAACUGCAAUACUCAAUAUGUGAUAAUACUAUGAAAUUAUCCCGUUACAAAAGGGGCUCAACAAUCUUGAGAAAAUUUUGAAUUUUUUUUUUAUAAGAAUCUAUUUGUCUACAUUGUCCAGAUAUUUCGUAUAUGACUCCAUAAAUGUGAUUUCAUUAUGACUAUUGCUGCUCAGGUUAGUGAUGUGGCCCAUGGGCCUUAUGCAAAACAAAAAACUAAUGUGCAGCUGAUGUUUUGGGAGGCAAUUGAGUACUACUUCUACCUAGUAGUAUUAUUUAUAGAUAAUAUAUCACUUAAUCGUUUUAGAAAGUUCGGGUAUCGAGCUAGGUAAAAAUUAUUAUACUUUCUAUAUCAAACACAUGCACUGAUAGUAAGCAGUAACGAUGGUUCAUAAAUAGACAACUGAACACAGGCCAAUGUUAUACGAGGAGAUGAUCGUAGAUCGCAAUUCAAUGUGACAUUUCCUUUCAAUAUUUUGUGUAUAUCCAAAAUUGAUUGCAUGUCAUUAAGAAGAAUGAUGAAUAAAGUAUCAUGAUUUGUGGAAUGAUGCAUAUGCCGCAAUGUCUUGAACGUACUUCCGUCAUUUUUGAAGAAAGUUUCUCAAAAUUACUCCAAAUUGCUGACCUUUGAAGUCUUUUAGAAUUUUGUUUCUGUACUGGCUAUUCGUUCAUUUGUAAAGAAAGAUUAAUCACAGUGCUUAAUUUAGUAGCGCCAUGCAGCAGGAACCACUUUGUACCAGGUGUACACCAAUAUCAUUGUAUUACUGUAGUCCGUUAUUGGGCACAAAUCUUCAAAAAGUGGAAUUCCCGACUAGUAUGGUUGCCCGGUGCACCGCAACCAAUUCAAAACUAGAACACCGAAUAAGAUGCUUUAUC